AUGUCAGCUGACAAUAACACCAAAUCCACUACUGCAGUGUUCCUUCUCACUGGGAUAUCAGGGCAUGAAGCUGUCCAUCUCUGGAUCGCCAUCCCUUUGUGCCUUACCUAUGCUAUUUUGAUCAUGGGAAAUACAGGAAUUCUGUACAUUAUAAAAACGGAUCCAAGCCUCCAUGAACCCAUGUACAUUUUCCUUUCUAUGUUGGCCAUCACAGACCUUGGCUUAUCAAUAACCACUAUGCCGACAACACUGCGUGUCUUCCUAUUUAACUCAAGGGAGAUCAGUCUUGAUGCUUGUUUUGCUCAGGUGUUCUUCAACCACUCAUUUUCAUACAUUGAAUCUUCCGUACUCCUGUCGAUGGCUUUUGACCGCUUCAUUGCUAUCCGUAACCCACUGAGAUAUGCUACCAUCUUAAACCUGCCAAGAAUAGCCAAGAUGGGACUGGUGUGUGUGCUAAGAGGGGUGACUGCAGCGUUCCCAUUCCCCUUUCUCCUGAAACGCUUCCUAUAUUGUGGAGCUAAUGUCCUCUCCCAUUCCUACUGUAGGCACCAGGAGGUAAUGAAGCUUGCUUGUGCAGACAUUACAGUCAACAAUAUCUAUGGCUUGGUCAUAAUGCUCUCCACAGUGGGAUUGGACUCUUUGCUCAUCUUUCUCUCAUAUUUGAUGAUCCUCAAAACUGUGCUGAGUGUCACGUCCCGCACGGAGUGCCUGAAGGCACUGAACACGUGUGUCUCCCACCUCUGUGCUGUCCUGCUGUAUUACACACCAAUGAUUGGUCUGUCUGUGAUACACAGAUUUGGAAAUAGUUCUUCUCAGUGGCUUCAGAUUCUCUUUGGAUACAUCUACCUGCUGGUGCCACCUCUGAUGAACCCGAUCGUGUACAGCGUGAAAAGCAAAUACCUGCGUGCAAGGAUUAUCAGGAUUUUUGUCAAGUGA